CUGUUCGGUAUGACCAACAUGGAUACCAUCGACUUCGUCGCGCUGGAGAGCUGCCCAGUCUACUCCUCCUUCUUCGGCGCGAUGGGCUGCGCCUCCGCCAUCGUCCUAACCGUCUUCGGCGCCGCCUACGGCACCGCAAAGUCCUCCGUCGCCAUCUUCCACGCCGGCGUCCUCCGCCCGGAGCGCCUCAUGCAGAACGUCAUCUGCCCCAUCAUGGCCCAGAUCCUCUCCAUCUACGGCCUCGUCGUCGCCGUCAUCAUCUCCGGCCGCCUCGACAAGAGGGGGCUCGCGCUGCACAACGGGUUCCUCUUCCUCGCCGCGGGUACCAGCGUCGGGCUGUGCGGGCUCGCGGCCGGGUUCGCUAUCGGGGUUAUUGGGGACUCGGGAGUGAGGGCGAGCACCCAGCAGCCUCGUCUCUACGUCGGCAUGAUUCUGAUCCUCAUCUUCGCCGAGGUGCUCGGCCUGUACGGCACCAUCAUUGCUAUCAUGUUGGUGUCAAACGCGGUGCCGGACUGCACCUUUUGA